UACUUGUUUAAAAAUAGAAAAACAUAUUUGAAAAAAAAUAAAGUUUUAAAGAUGCUCUCAUAUGAUGUUGUGCAUCCUAUCUGUUGUACUCAGAAGAUUGCAGUGUAUGAAACAAAAUCUCGAUUUUACUUAGUUGGAUCAAAUAAUUCACAGUCAAGGUUUCGAAUUUUGAAGAUUGACCGAACUGAGCCUACAGAAAUAAAUGUAAUAGAUGACAAGGUCGAAUACAAUGAAAAAGAGAUUAGUGAAUUGCUUAAGAGAAUUGAUGUUGGUAAUCGACCAAAGGCAAACAAGUCUUAUGAAAAGGGAACAUCAGGUCUAACAUUGCGUUGUUCAGCAUUUGGAAUAUUGGGUCUGAUCAGAUUUUUAGAAGGGUACUACCUUAUAUUAAUUGCAAAACGCAGAAGAGUUGCUCUUAUUGGAGGUCAUGCAAUUUAUAAAAUUGACGACACAGCCAUUAUUCCAAUUGCGAAUGAACAAGCAAGAUCUAAGAUGACCAAUCCAGAUGAGCAAAAAUACUUGCGUAUUUUUCAAAAUGUGGAUUUGGCUAGUAACUUUUAUUUUAGUUAUAGCUAUGAUGUAACUCGUUCGCUUCAAUAUAAUUUAGCUCCUUACUAUGGUUUACCUAAAAAAUAUUGUGAUUAUGCAGAAGAAGCAGAUAUGUCGAAGUUGAAUGAUGAAUGUCAGCAAGAUAAUAAUGAAGAUGUAACUGAGGAUGCGAAGGAUUUGAAUUUCGAUCAAAUAUAUAAUUUUUCAUCAAAAAUGUUUAAAGAAGGAAUGGAGCUACCAUCUGUUUCAGCAAACAUUAUACCAGACAUGUCUUCAUUAAAAAAUUCCAAAAAAAAGAAGCAAUUUAAAACCAAAGUGUUCCGUGGAAUACCAACUGAAAAAUUUGUAUGGAACUCAUAUAUUUUAAAAGAACUUAAAGACAAUGUUCAUCCUGAUUGGUUGCUCAACAUAAUCCAUGGGUUUGUUGGACAGUCAAAUAUUAGUGUUUAUGGAAAACCUCUUUAUGUCACUCUUAUUGCACGGCGAUCUAACAAAUUUGCUGGAACUCGGUUUUUGAAAAGAGGUUCAAAUGAUGAGGGUUUUGUUGCUAAUGAUGUUGAAACUGAGCAAAUAUGUCAUGAUGCAUCCACUAUAUCUUUAAGAAGUGGUCACUAUACAUCUUAUGUUCAACUUAGAGGAUCAGUUCCUUCUUUUUGGUCACAAGAUACAACUGGUGGUAGAAUCACACCGAAACCUCAAAUACUUGUUGAUCGUGCGGAUCCUUAUUUUACAGUAUCUGCAAGUCAUUUUAAUUCACUUAUGUCUAGAUCUGGAGCUCCACUCAUUAUUCUUAACCUUGUUAAGAUUAAAGAGAAAAAAGCUCAUGAGCAAAUAUUAAGCGGGCUGCUCAAAGAAAGUAUUGAUUAUCUAAAUCAGUUUCUUCCUCCAGAGCAUUUCAUACAGUACAUCCCUUGGGAUAUGGCUAGAGUUACAAAAAGCAAAGAAGAUAAAGUUAUUGAAGUUCUUGCAAAAAUUGCAGAGAAGGUUAUGAAAGAAACUGGUUUUUUUCACAGCGGGCCACAAAUUUACUGCAAUGAUCUUCGAAAGCAUCCCAGUUUUUUAGGAAUGAAAGGAUUUGGAUAUACUGAUGAACAUCCUGGAUUACGACAAACAGGUAUUUUACGUGUAAACUGUGUAGAUUGUCUUGAUAGAACAAAUACUGCACAGUUCAUGGUUGGUAAAUGUGCGUUAGGAUUCCAGUUAUAUGCAUUAGGGGUUGUUGAAAGCCCAAUCUUACAAUUUGACUCAGAUGCAGUGAGAAUUUUUGAGGAACUUUUUGAAGCUCAUGGUGACACACUUGCUCUUCAAUAUGGCGGUUCGCAAAUGGUACAUAGGAUACGUACUUAUCGAAAAAUUGCUGCUUGGACCUCAUAUUCAAGAGACAUUAUGCAAACUGUAUCAAGAUACUACAGUAAUGCUUUUACAGAUACAGACAAACAGCAAGCAAUUAAUCUUUUUCUUGGGACAUAUACACCCAAUGAAAAGCUUCCAAACAUAUGGGACAUGGCUACUGAUUAUUACUUGCAUCAUAACAGCACUACAAACCUUGAUAUUUUCACUGUUCGUCCAAGCUAUACAAAAUGGUGGCAAGAUGAAGUUGUUAAUUCUUUGCCUUUUGCUUGGGAUGAAGUGGCCAAAAGUUAUAUUAUUGAAAAUGAUGAGAACAUUUUUUGUGAAGAUGAGGAAAUUUUGGAUUUGUUUGCAGAAUAUUAUCGGCCAUCUGAAUUAACAGAAUUAGAUCAUUUGUAUGCAAAAACAAUGCCUACGUCAACCAAAGAUUUCAUGCCUCCUAAUUGUACUGAUCCAAGUCCUUUUGUUGUGAGAGCACGCGGCAAAACUCAAAAUGAGUCACAACAAGUUAGUCAUCGCAAUGUUAUUGGGGGUCAACCACUAUCACCAAAUGAGACUAGUGAAGAAGAUUCAAGUUCAGACGAAGACAAAGCUGUUCAAUUUCCUUUAAAGCUUGUUCCAAGGGAUCCGUUGAUAACUGAUUUAGGGGAUUCGUGGUCUGUCUCCGUUAACGUUUAUGGAAUAAAUAUUAAGGAGCCGAGCGGAAAAGAUUUAGAACUUUAUAAAAGAUUUGCAGAGGUAAGCAACAUUACAUGCUGUGCAACUUCAGGAAAUAAAAGGAAUUACAAAGGGAAUGUGGAAUGGGAAUGUACCAGCAAAUUUUCAACUGACAGCACCCUAAAUGUAACACCACCCAAAGUAGAAGAUUUGUCGAAAGAUUUUUACAACGCAUAUUGUCAAAUAGGAAUUAGUGGUCCUUUACAACCGACUUUCAGUGACGCCGUAAUGUACUCCUCAUAUAUAAGUCAAAAAUAUUUAUAAAAUGUUGA